CUUCUAAUUUUACCGGCGGAGCAAAUUAGGGUUUGUCGUUUGCAUCGCUCUCGUCUCGUCUCCCACAGACAGAUGUCUCGAAUCUUUGUUCGUCUACCAUGAAGGCCUUAAUUGCAAUAGAUUGCUCGUGAGAGAUAGAUUGGCCUUUAUCGUCUACCGCUUAAUUUCUCCGCCGGACUCUGUUUGAUUCGUGACCCCAGGAUGGAGGAAUUAAGCCAACUCUUGAAGAACAAUAGAACGGACGACCUCACUUGGUUUUGCUCUCUCUCUGAAUCUGAACUGGAUUUGCUCAUCAGCUUAAAGAAGCUAGCCAUUCAACGCGCCAAAAUAAGUGGUCACCAAGAACUAGCUGACAAAUUUGAUCUCAAGUUGCUCCGAGCUCUCGGGCUUGUGCUAAUGGAGUACGUGAGAAAAAGGGUACAAGAUGAUACUUGUCUUGCCCCAAGUGUUGUUCAUCAACUCAUGCUUUUGGAUAACUGCAAUUUGUUGAAAACGCAUGAAGAUGAUACUGUAGACAUGGAGGAGAUUCUUACUCAGAUAUGCGAAAACAAAUCAAAAAAGAAAGCACGGAAAAGGUUGGUACGGGAGUCUAAACAGUUAGCGGAAAGACCCUAGUGUAUUUGAUGCUAGAUAUUUAUGCUUUCCAAGGAGGCGGUAGAAGCUAGCUGUUGCAAUGGAUGGGGAGCUCCGACUGCUUUAAAAUGAACAGCAGCAUGAGUACAAGAAGAUGGAGUUGGCCAAGAAUGCUCGGUGUUUGGUCAUUCUUCUUGAUGCACGGUGGUUGCAACUGUAAAUGUUUGUAAUUUUGAUUGAGGAUGGUGUCCUUACUUGUGAUUUCCUUCGAGUAGUUGAUAUAGCAAAAUUAGAUACUUUGUGGUCUGUGGCCAAAAUUUUGAAAAGUUGUAUUAGUGUAUGGUUAAUAUUUAACCAAAGAGAUCAUUUCUUGA